AUGAUGACUUGCAGCAAGGACAAGAUGGGCUUCGAGGAAGUUCUGGCCGCCAUGGUUGAGUGCCUGUCAGACACCAAAGAUAGGGUGCGGGCGGCUGCACUGGAGGCGGCAAUUGUCGUCGAUUCCUGCGUUGGGCAGAACGAGUUCAAUCGCCUUCUGGCGUCGCUUCGUGUGUCGUCGGACGUCAGGAAGAUGAUAUCGGAGAGGAAGAGGAGCAAGAGGAGGCCUUUCAUCAACAGCGAAGGAUUCGUAGAAUUCCAGGCUUGCUCCGGCGGCGGCGAGCCUAUCGCAGAGACACCGUCUCGCCAAUGCAGCAUUUUCACGCAGGGCAAGAUCCCAUGGGAAGUGCCGGCGCCGCGUGGCGUCAGCAGGUGCGGGUCGUCGGGUUGCCUGGCGGCCAUCAAUGAAUCUCGAAAUCAUGAGGAGUCCCAGAUUCCAGCGUUCUACGGGGAAGCUCAUGGCAGAGGCGCAUGCGACGUGGCCGAAAAGAAUUCAAGCGGGAAGUCCAGCGGCAAGGAGGACCUGGUGGCCCGCCUGAACCGCAUGUUGCAAUGCGAAGACAGCCUCGACGCCCACACGCGACGCAGCACGAACGGGCGCGUCUACACCAAAGUCAAUCGGUGGUUGUGCCCCUCGGGCGAUCACCGGGAUGAUCCCGAAGCCGCACAUGGGCGCCUUCCGCUCGACGGAGCGCCGGGCGACAGAUACGCCUGCCGGCACGAAUCUGGCAGGCAGGGCGGGGGCCUGGAGCGGGAGGACUCCGCUGAGGGCCGCCUGGACACCUGGAGCCCCAGCAAGAACGAGCGGCUGGCCAUCCUGAAGCGCCGCCAGCAGGAGGCGCGCCGCGUGCACAGCGCCAACGCCGUGCUGCAGCGCCCGGGCCCCCGGGCCUGUGAUGCGCGGCCGUUCCACGGAUUCCGCCUGGCGCCCACGUCGUCCGACCCAUCCGCGAUCGAUGUCAGGGCCGGGCGCACAUCGACGGCAGCGGGGCUGCGCAGCGUGAGGUCGGAUGCGAUCCGGAAUCGUGAAUCGAUCGGCGAAGGGAUCAGCGCUAGGAGGCCGCUGGCUGUGGAUGUCGAUGGCGGUGGGAAGAUGUGGGAUGCAUCGGAUUCAGCUCAACUAGAGGGGUGUAACUUCGACAGGGGGGAGUCUCAGGGGAUUUGGGGCGGGGGCGCUGGGAGCUGCGUGUCGAGCCCGAUCACGCCCAGCCGCGGCAGCCUUCUGCGGGGGGUUGAGGAGCUCAGGGCGGAGGAUCUCACCCCUGUGAAGAAUCCUGAGGAGGCGAUGCGGGGAGUGAUUGCGCGGCUGCAGGCUGGCAACGCGGCCAAGAAAAAGGAGCUGGACUGGCGGGACCACUACGAUGCGCUAAACGAGGGCCGGAGGCUUGUCGCGCACCACCCCGAGGUGGUGAGGGGGGCUGCGCGGGAGUUCACGCUGGCGGCGCUGCCGGCGGUGGAGAUGCUGCGCAGCUCGACGGUGCGCAACGCGAUGGUGCUGUUUCAAGAGAUGGCGCCGUGCCUGGGCCGGGGGAUGGACAGAGUGGUGGACGAUGUGCUGCCGGUGCUGCUGAAGAAGGCCGGGGAGGCGGCCAACGCAGGCUCAGGUCGUGACACGUUCCUGGUGGCAGAGGCUGAUAAGGCAAUAUCCUUAUUGAUGGACAAUGUCUCCAAUUCCAGGGCCUUCUCCACCUUGCUUGCCAAUGCGAGCAACAAGUCAAUGGUUAUUCGUUCCAAGGUUGCGGCGUGCCUUGACGACGUGCUUGACGUGGAGAGUGGCAGGACAGGGCAAGCCCCAACCAUGGCGAUCCUGGAGCGUGUGUUUAAGACUGCAGUUGCCUUCACAGAGGAGGGGUCCCAGGAUACUCGAUCAUAUGGGAAGCGACUGAUAUGGCACGUGCGGCGGUGGGUGGGCAGCUCCGCCGGGUUUGAGAGGCUCGUUUCGCAGCUGGGAUCGGAAACAAAGCAGCGGAAGGUUCACGAGGUGCUGGAAGCCAGGAGCGUCCCUCCACUGCCG